AUGGACACUGUAGGGAGGCAUCAGUACAGACCCGCGAGAGAGAAUCCCUCUUUCUCAUCAUCGUUGCUCGAUGAGAUCUAUCGCUCCAUCGAUGAACGAGACGACCAAGAGUUGAUGGUUUAUAGAAAAACCACUAGAGAAAAACAGAGCAAUUAUUCUAUUAAUGGCUGUUUUCAAAAUCAUGGUGAUGCUCAACAAGAUAUUGCCGGUAUAGGACGAAAUUGCCUGAUUGAGAAAUGGAUGGACAAGGAAGUGUGCGAAAAAGUUGUUGUUAGAAGAAGAUCGGCUGCGGAUUUCAAAAAGAGUUCGCAGCAAAGAGAAGGUGAUUCUCUCUACUUCCAUUCAAGCUCCAGCUCUUCUGAUUCUAGCUGUGGCGGAGGUUUUUCUUCCUCAGAGGCUGAAUCCGUAUACGGCACCUCAUCAAGGCCUAAACCAAUCCAUACCGGCACAGAUCGACACGAAGAAUACAACAGAAGAGGAAAACAGCGGAACACGUAUGGCCAAAACUACCAACUCGAAGUCGAAGAUUUGCAAUCAAAGCCAAAACACGAAGGCAAAUUCGUGAAGACGAAAUCGAGAGCAAUGAAGAUCUAUGGUGACCUGAAGAAAGUGAAGCAGCCGAUUUCUCCAGGAGGUCGUUUAGCAACUUUUCUGAACUCACUUUUCACUAACGGCAACACGAAGAGCACGAAGCUUGCAUCCUCCUCCACCACAGGUUAUGAUAACGCCAGGAGUCAUAUGGACAGAAAAUCAAAAUCCGCCAAUGCAUCAACAUGUUCAUCUGCGUCCUCAUUUUCCCGAUCGUGUUUGAGCAAAACUCCAUCAUCCAGGGGAAAAUUAAGCAAUAACAAGAUAAGAUCUGUUAGGUUCUUUCCUGUGAGCGUGAUCGUGGACGAAGACUGUCAGCCGUGUGGACACAAAUCUCUGUACGGAGAAGAAUCAAAUCUACAAUCCGUCAAAUUCGUCAAAAACACCAUCACCGAAGAGCUCAAAAUGCAUUCAAGUGAGAAAAACCGUCGGAUCGAAGAAGCAGCAAGGAAUUUAUUGAGGAAUUACCAGAAAAAAGUGGAAUGCGAGUUCGAUCUGAUCAGAAACAGUGUUAAAUCUCACAAUGAAAUCGACAUGAACUACGAAGAAGAUGACGAUGAUGAUGCUGCUAGCCACACCAGCUCCGAUCUCUUUGAGCUCAAGAAUUUUUCUGCAAUCGGAAUGGAGAAGUAUAGAGAUGAAUUACCUGUAUACGAAACAACUCAUCUGGAUACAAACCUUGCGAUUGGUAAUGGCUUCCUCAUGUAAUUGAAAUGGAAAACAAAAAAAUAGGUUAUUGUUAGUUAUUGGGUGUGGGGUUUUACGUGAAGAUAAAUCAGAAGGGAAAUUUGAGUUUGUAUGAUUAAUGUAUUUUUAUAUAUCAAAAAUAUGUUUUAGGGUUUGG